AGGAAGGCAACUUGGCAGCGAGGACGGAUAAGGAGGUCCAGCCAGGAGGGAUGGAUGGAGGUCGAGGGUACCUCUAGGUGCUAUGGACACUUUAUAAGGCAGACACUGAUUGGAGUGCUACGCUGCUGGCCCGGACCUCGGGUAGGUAGGCAGGUAAUGGAGGAGAGAGUGGCGGCGGGGCAGCAAUUAGCAUUAACAGAGAGAAAAGGCGGGUUUUGCCUUUUUCGACUGAACGAGGAGGCUUCAACGUGCAAAGAAGGCUCAGAUUAGCAGGUACUGCAGAGAGAGGUAUGAUGCUAACGAUGGCGGGGUUUUGUGUGUUUCGCAUAGGUUUGGCGGCGGCGGCCCUUGUCGAUUCGACGAGCCAAACAGCCAGUGGGCAUCCAGAUGGCAGACGACGAUGCCUGGUACUGCACGCUGAGCGGUCGAAGUACGCACAGGCAGUUCGGGGCAAAGGCGGGCAGGUCACUUCCUUGUUAGCAACGUCCACUUUUCCCCUUGAAGAGGCGGGGAUCGCGUGGUUUUGGUCCAACACUUCAAUUUGUCGACUGGACUUCCGGUUCCCAGUCAGCCUCGUCUUGGCAUCAGAUGGUUCCGAAUCGGCGCAUUUUCCAACAGUCAACAACACUAACAGCGACGACCCUCUUGGAAUGGAACCCUUUUGUUUGCAUGUCACGCACAGCUCACACAGACAGACUGUUGGGCAGCCACAGGCAAUGACUACCCGAACAGGAGAUGGGCACCUCCACACAUCGAUACCUAUACGACACCGUCACGACGGGAGUGGAUGGCCUGGUCUGCCUGGUGCGCCGAUACCGUACCGUAGGACUGUUGAACUGGUGGUGCAGGGCGCUGGUAGGACUUCCCUUCCGCACUUGGGACAUGGGAUUGGAAGCCCGGAGACCGAGGGGUGUCAGUGGGCGCAGUAUCGAAACGGGUGCGUGCACAAGAGUUCAGUUGGUGGCGCACCUUGAACCGCUUGAGUUUGGAGGGCUGUGAUUGGGCAUACCGAAUCACACUUUGGGGACCUUGAUCACGCAGUCGACUUUCUUUCACCACAGUCAUUUAAGUGAACGAACAUGCUGUUAACAGUUCACCCUCGAAAGGUUUGUUAGCAUGGCAAUUUCAAAGUCUUUCACCACUUUCAAGAUGGCUAGAGGCAGGCGCCAUUCCUGCUUAUUGCUCGCUACAAGUACAGUUUUCGUUCGAUAUGUAUGGGACACCAUUGAUUGUUGUUCAUAGCUACCUGACUCUAGCUCG